GUGCGGUGAGGUACGAUCUGCGGCCGCGAUGUCGCCUCCGUCGGGCGACGCAGGCCCGGGGCCGCCGCGGUCGCUGUCCCUUGCCGCGCGUCUGAGCUUCGCGGUCGGCCACUUCCUCAACGACCUGUGCGCCGGCAUGUGGUUCACCUACCUGCUGCUGUUCCUGCACUCCGUGCGCGGGUACAGCUCGCGCGGCGCGGGACUGCUGCUGCUGCUCGGCCAGGUGGCCGACGGGCUCUGCACGCCGCUCGUGGGCUACGAGGCCGACCGUGCCGCCUGCGUACGCUGCGGACCCCGCAAGGCCUGGCACCUAGCGGGCACUGUCUGUGUCCUGCUCUCCUUCCCAUUCAUCUUCAGCCCAUGCCUGGGCUGUGGGGAAGCCACACCUGAGUGGGCUGCGCUGCUGUACUAUGGGCCCUUCAUCGUCAUCUUCCAGUUUGGCUGGGCUGCCACGCAGAUUGCCCACCUGAGCCUCAUCCCAGAGCUGACCACCAGUGACCACGAGAAGGUGGAGCUCACAGCCCUCAGGUAUGCCUUCACUGUGGUCGCCAACAUCACUGUGUAUGGAGCGGCCUGGUUGCUGCUGCAUUUGCAGGGCUCUGCGCACGGGGGCCAGAACAUCAGUGUGGGUGACCAGCUGGGAGUCCAGGAUGUGUCUGUGUUCCGGAACCUGGCCCUGCUGGUGGUGGGUGUGGGGGCCGUCUUCUCGCUGCUCUUCCACUUGGGUACCAAGGAGAGCCGCAGGCCCCAGCACCGGGGGAUCGAACCCGAUGAGCACAGCCCCCUGGUGGCCCCCGUGCCCCAGUCACUGCUGUUGUGGAAACAUUGGCUUCAGGAGCCAGCUUUCUAUCAGGUAGGCCUGCUGUACAUGACCACAAGGCUUAUUGUGAACCUGUCUCAGACCUACAUUGCCAUGUAUCUGACCUAUUCUCUCAGCCUGCCCAAGAAGUUCAUUGCCACCAUCCCCCUGGUGAUGUACUUGAGUGGCUUCUUCUCCUCCUUCCUCAUGAAGCCAAUCAACAGGCGCAUAGGGAGAAACAUGACCUACUUCACCGGGCUGCUGGUGAUCCUGGCCUUUGCAGCUUGGGUGGCCCUGGCAGAUAACCUGGGUGUGGCCGUAUAUGGGGCCGCAUUGCUGUUGGGUGCAGGCUGUGCCACCAUCCUUGUCACCUCCCUAGCCAUGACCGCUGACCUCAUUGGCCCCCAUACGCACAGUGGAGCCUUCGUGUAUGGUGCUAUGAGCUUUUCGGAUAAAGUGGCCAAUGGGCUGGCAGUCAUGGCUGUGCAGAGCCUGCAUCCCUGUCCCUCUGAGCUGUGUUGCGGAGCCUGCAUCGGCUUUUACCACUGGGUGAUGACAGCAGUGACGGGAGGCGUGGGUGUGGCCGCAGCCCUGGCUCUCUGCAGCAUCCUCAUCUGGCCCAUUCGCAUUCGCACCCGGGACCCCAGAGACCGGCCCUGACUUCUGGCUCUCCAGGGUGACAUGGUGAAGGACCAAACAGACAUCCUGACCUCCGAUCCCCCAACCCGCUCGGGGUCAAAGGGCCCGGCAUGCAGGUGGGGGGUACCAGCCAAGCUUGCUGAGCCCUAAGAGCCCGUGGGUGCCCGACCCUACUAUUGACAAGGAUGCACCCGCCCUCGGGGAGGCUGCUGGGGACACAUGCUUGGGCUGCACGUGGGAGAGAUCGCCCGGCUUACAGGGACACGGACACAUGAAUCAGUAACACGGCUUUAUCAGAGCGUGGGGGUGAAGACCGGGGGUGGCUGGCCAGUGGCCGGGUAGGGACGGUCCAGGCCCCGCUGUUUGAAGUCCUGUGCAGUGAAGCGCGGCCGA